AAUAAUCCUUUCUACUAAAAGAUGAUGAAGUGAGGAGGAGGAUUAUUGUUUGGAAAGAGAACGUCCUUCCAAUAAGACUUCAGGAAGAACAAUUUCUGACAUUUUCUCUCUCACUUCACUUUAGGCUUUUUGGAUACACUUUAGAUACUUUAUCAGGAUGAUGUUUUUCUACAAAUUCAGAAUCAUAUUAUCACUUUGACAACACUGCCUUUAUAUCACUCGUAUAGAGAUAGCCUUCUCCACUACAAUGUCUUCCUCCAGGAAACCAGUCUCUUCCAUCACAUCCAAAUGCUGCAGGAAUUCAUCUGUCAUAAGUUCCUCUGAGUGUACCUCGACAAGAUUGUUAAUGUCCCCAUUGUCAACCUUGAGGCCCAUAGACUUGCCAAGAGACACUAUCUCCUUGACUACAGGUGUCUCAGACUCAAACCCCUCAAAGUUCUCUUUCAGAUAUGCAGUCAGGCCACAGCUUCCACCCUGCAGAAUUCAGCAUUCUCCUUGUUACACCCUGCCAGGCCAUAUCAAUGAUUUUUAGGCAGUUAACAAUGUUGUAGUGCUCCUUCUAAAAUUCAUGAUGGAUUAGAUUUGUAUUUUUGGUGACUUCAAAGCACUAAUAAAACAAGUGUUUGGAGUACAAUUUCUUAAAAUUAAAAAUCACUCAUUAGUCCAUGGUCUGCAAGACAAGGGUGGUGUUAUGUACAGAACUUUUAUGAAUUUAAAUUUGUCCAGGAUAUCAUCUUCAAGAUUAGGAGGGGUGAGCAAGAGCAUUGUCGUGGAUGAAGAGAACCUUGAGAGGAAGAUCGUUCUCCAGAAGGUACUUUUCCACUGCUGGUCUGAAGACAAGUUUGAUCCACUCGGUGACCCUGACCUUAACAUUUGCACUCCACAUAACCUGCGGCUUUCCUUCAGGGUUUUUGAAAUGGUAGACAAGGAACAGCUUAAUCUUCAAGUCUCCACUUGCAUUGACGCAAAGGGUGUAUUUUCCCAUGCAAUUUUUCUUUUCUUACCCAGUAGCAAUUUGUUGAAGACUGAUUUUAUUUUCGUUGCAAACACCUGCUCCGAUGGUGACAUACCUGCUGAUAUAUUUGGAUUUGGUGCCACACAAUAUACUCUUAAGAAUUGUUGUAAAACUAUCUCAUCCGUGACUUCCUUAGGGCUCUCUUAAACGUAUCAACAAUGUGUCAUAUUUGUGAGGAAAUAUCAUCCCCACUCCUAUUUUCAAAUAGUUUUUGCUGUUUCUUUCUUUACCCAUAUUUUUAGAUAACAUUUUGCAGAAAUACAUUUUCAAGAGAGUGUGGAUUACAUUAGAUUGAAAAUUCAAAGAAGUUUGAAAUGAAUAAGUGAAAAUGCAGAGGUUAUAGAAAUUAGUGAUAACGAAGUGUGUGGAGAGAUAAAGAAUGAUGAAUAAUUCAUCUAAAAAAAAAACACAUUAGAGUUUGUGUAUGUGCGUAAAAACAAGUAAAAGUAUGAUAUUAAAACAAAAUAUCUUCUUCCUACCUCUUAAAAUCACUGGAUAUAAUAUAUAUACAAUAUACAAUAAUCCCACAUUGCAGGAUAGAUUUGAAAAACUACAAUUUUUAUUCUUUUGGAAUGAACACAAACAUAGGUGCUGAGACAGUGACUAAACUUGUAGUGUUUUGUAGGGAUUACUCCAAUGAAUUGACAGUAAAGUAAUUGCUUCUAUCAGAAUUGUUUACCUUUAAAGCGGAAAAAAAAGAAAAACCAACGUAUAUGACAGAAUGUUAUCUAUUAAUAUUUUUUUUUAUCUCCAUGGGAAUAAACGACUGUUUUUUAAACGGCUCCCACGCAAGUCAAUUUCUGGAGAUUACACGUGAUUAGAAGAGUACCCUUUUGCAGCUGCGUUAGUUUAAGACGGCGUUUCAUCCUCGAAGACCCUAUGCAUUCUCCCAAGGAAUGAGUCGAAGCAAUGGAUAUUUUCUGUUCUAAACUCCCCAAAAUUGAAUUACAUGCUCACAUUAAUGCAGCCGUAUCUCAAAAAACCUUACAAGAUGUCUCAAAAGGAAGAAUGUUACCUGUUGAAGAAUAUCAAAUCAAAACUUCCGUGCAUGACAGUGAGGAAAACAGAGAUUUUCAGAGAUUGGAAAAAUGCUUUGAUAUUUUCAAAAAAAUCCAUGAAGUCACAGAUAAUGAGAAAGCAAUAUAUAAGGUAACCUAUGAUGUGAUCCAUGAUUUCUGCAAAGACAAUGUCAAAUAUCUUGAACUGAGAACUACACCAAGAGCGGAAAUCAGCACUGGUAUGACAAGAAGAUCAUAUGUUGAUUCAGUACUUGCUGCCAUAAAGGAUUGUAAAACAGAAAAUAUUGAUAUCGAUGUUAGAUUGCUAUUGUCUAUUGACAGGAAGACAAAUACUGACAUUGCACAAGAAAUUGUCAGUAUUGCUAGCGAAUUACAACAGAACUCUGAUGGAAUUGUUCUUGGAAUUGAUUUUAGUGGUGAUCCAAAGAUUAAUGAUGCCAGAGACUUUAUACCAGUAUUAAAGGAUGCCAAGGCACGUGGCCUAAAGCUAGCUGUUCAUAUUGCUGAGGUACAAAAUGCACCAGAAUCUCAACAGCUUCUCCUUGUAGAACCAGAUAGGAUUGGUCAUGGUACUUUCCUUCACCCUCAUGUUGGGGGUACACAAGAAAUGGUGGACUUGGUCAAAUCAAAAAAUAUUCCAAUUGAAUGUUGCAUAACAUCUAACCUGAAAUCUGGUACUGUUGCAAGUACAGACAAACAUCACUUUGGAUUCUGGUAUCGACAGAAUCAUCCAGUCAUCAUUGCGACUGAUGGUGCAGGAAUAUUCAACACAUACCUUUCAAAAGAAUAUGGCUUAGUUGCAGAGGCAUUUUCUUUGACAAAAGAGAAUGUUUGGGAACUUUCUUACAAUUCCAUUGAUUAUAUUUUUGCCAAUGAAGAUACUAAAAAUAGGCUUAAAUUGAAAUGGAAAGAAAUCAAAGGUUCAAUUUAAAAACAUUUUCCCCCUCAUUUUGAAAGUAGCAUAAAAUAAUUGUGAGGGCACGAUGGUGGACUACUAACCUUAUCGGUCUAAGUUCAUAUGUUACAAUUUAUCCACCAUUCGAAUUGAAACAAAUGCUCUCCAGUUUUAUUUUACAGUUCAGUGGUUAAUGGUUUUAACAAAUAAAUCAUUUAUGCAUUCAGAGAAGAAUGCAUGUAAAAGACAACAAAAAAAAAAAAAUGUGAAUUGACAUUAUAGAAUAGAGAAAAGCAUUAUAAUCAAAUAAAGCAAGAAUCUUUCACAUCUGUAUUUCCUAAGCUAAAAUAUUAGUUGGUGAGAAUCAUUAUCAUCAUUUAACAUGUUUUCCAUCACAUGUCCAAACCAAUAUAGUCUACUCUCUUGCAUCUGAUUCCUUCCAUGUCCAACUUUCCUUAUACAGACACAUGCCUACAAGUAUAUGGUACAUGGAAGAGAGUAGCCAAAAUAUAUAUAUCCAUACCCACAACUCAGGUGGAGUACAUGAGUUGCCAGGGAAGCAAUCCAUGUAUGUUUAAAUAGAAAUGGUGAUGGAAAUGGGGGAGGGAUGGUGGGUGUAAAGGGUUUGCAAAAUGGACGCUGUCUUUAGGAUCUGCACAAAUCUAUUAAUAGUCUCCUCAUUGUUAUACGAACUUUUAAAAAUAUGCAUACCUUUUAGUCAGCAUAUUUAUCAUACAAACAUUUAUGCAAUAAAUGAGAAUGAAGAAGAAAAGCUGCAGAGUCUGUGGUUGCCAAAGUAACUGUUCAGAAAGAAAAGAAAAUGGUGAUGAACUGACAUGUUAAUAUUUCUAUAGUAAAUUUCUUUUUAUAUUCCAUUUUGUAGACAAUAGCAUCGUUAGUUACAGAUUGCCAAUGGCACAAUCAUAGCAUUUACAAUAGUAAGAAUGACAAAAAAAUAUCAAAACAUUUUUGCUUGAAAGUACUAGUUUAUUGGCUACUUGGUAUACAUGAACACACACACACACACACAAUAGGUUUCUACACAGUUUUCAUUUACUAAAUUCUACUAACAGGCAUAGGAGUGGCUGUGUGGUAAGUAGCUUGCUUAUGAACCACAUGGUUCCGGGUUCAGUCCCACUGCAUGGCAUCUUGGGCAAGUGUCUUCUACUAUAGCCUCGGGCCGACCAAAGCCUUGUGAGAGGAUUUGGGAGACGGAAACUAAAAGAAGCCCAUCAUAUAUAUAUAUGAAUGUAUGUUUGUGUGUCUGCGUUUGUCCCCCCAACAUUGCAUGGUGAUAUAAGUUGGUUCAGUCAGAUUAAGAUGAAUGCUAAAACCACAUUGCUUUGUAACAUUAUAGAAAUAUAAUACUUCAAUUAAAGGAGCAAAGUUCAGAGCCACAAAAAUUAUGGCUAAGGCUCACAUCUGUUGAUUUGAAACUCAAAAGCCAAAUGUAAAGAAAGAGUGGUGUUCAUGCCUGAACAAUUGUAAAACAGAUUUAUUACAGUUGAAAAUGCCAAAAGUUAAAAUUGAUGAUGAUCAUCAUCAUCGUUUAACGUCUGCUUUCCAUGCUAGCAUGGGUUGGACGAUUUGACCGAGGACUGGUGAACCAGAUGGCUACACCAGACUCUGAUCUGAUUUGGCAGAGUUUCUACAGCUGGAUGCCCUUCCUAACGCUAACCACUCCGAAAGUGUAGUGGGUGCUUAAAAAAUAUAAUUAUAGAAAUAGGUUUUCAUGAUAGCUAAAUUUCCAAAGUUUUGUAUGAACCAUGUCCAUCACCUACUUUCAGUUUUUAGUUGGAAUUAUGUUGCUAGGGGAAAAAAAAAAAACUGAGAAUGUAACAACUUCACAUUCUUUUGCAAGAAUAAAUCAUUUACAGCAAAUUUUAGUCAAUUAAAUUAAAAUGAUAAAAGUGCUGAGUAACCUCAUGUUAGAAAAUUGUACUUUUGAAAAUAAACGUUUCUCUUUUAACCUCA